CUUUGCCUGGCUGGUGGCAGUAAAAUAAGGGCUGUCUCUGCCUUCGCCUCGCCACCACUGCUCUGCGGAGAGCUGAAGUAAUACUUGAGAGGCAGUUGGUUGCGAACAAACUUUGAUUCCUUCUACAACAGAUGUCAGAGUUUUCUGGGGUUUUGGCUGCGUCUGGGGACAUCUUGUGAUGUUUUAGAGAACAGGACAUGAUCUCACAUGGCGAGAAGCUCUUUAGUUUCUUAAUCAUUUCACGGUUCCUUCAGAGGCUUUUUUCCACCUAAAACGUUUAGUUUCAGCUCAGUGAUCAGCUGCAAAAGCUCGGCGGGGAGCGGAAGAGUUGAAUUAUUCCAACCUGCGAGGAGCCAAGAAAAGAAAAGAAAAGAAAAGAAAAGAAAAGAAAAGAAAAGAAAAGAAAAGAAAAGAAAAGAAAAAAGAAAAGAAAAGAAAAGAAAAGAAGAAAGAAAAGAAAAGAGGAAAGAAAAGGAAAGGAAAGGAAAAGAAAAAAGAAAAGGAAAGGAAAGGAAAAGAAAAGAAAAGAUAAGAUAAGAAAAGAAAAGAAAAGAAAAGAAAAGAAAAGAAAAGAGGAAAGGAAAGGAGAGGAAAGGCAAGGCAAGGCAAGGCAAGGCAAGGCAAGGCGAGGCAACAACACCACAAAGUGGAAACUUUUUUCUCUGUCCAUUUCACCAAGUCCUGAAAAAAACAGAAUGGAAUUAGAGAAAACCUACGCGACUUCCAGGACUGGCCGAACAGGACAUGGAGGAGUGAACCAGUUAGGGGGUGUUUUUGUGAAUGGUCGCCCCCUUCCAGAUGUUGUUCGCCAGAGGAUUGUGGAACUUGCCCACCAAGGGGUCAGGCCUUGUGACAUCUCCAGGCAGCUGCGGGUCAGCCAUGGUUGUGUCAGCAAAAUACUUGGCAGGUAUUACGAAACUGGUAGUAUUAAGCCUGGAGUGAUUGGAGGAUCAAAACCAAAGGUCGCCACGCCCAAAGUCGUUGAAAAAAUUGCGGAGUACAAACGUCAAAAUCCUACCAUGUUUGCGUGGGAGAUCAGGGAUAGACUUCUAGCUGAGCGAGUGUGUGACAAUGACACUGUGCCCAGCGUCAGCUCAAUUAACAGGAUCAUACGGACGAAGGUACAGCAGCCACCCAAUCAGCAAGUCCCUGCCUCCAGUCACAGCAUAGCCUCCACAGGGUCUGUGACCCAGGUGUCCUCAGUGAGCACUGACUCUGCGGGCUCUUCCUACUCCAUCAGUGGGAUUCUGGGAAUUACAUCCCCUGGCACAGAGAGCAACAAACGCAAGAGAGAUGAAGGUAUUCAGGAGUCUUCAGUACCAAAUGGACAUUCUCUCCCGGGUAGAGAUUUUCUUCGGAAACAGAUGAGAGGAGACCUUUUUACUCAGCAGCAAUUAGAAGUGUUGGACCGAGUCUUCGAGAGGCAACAUUAUUCUGACAUUUUUACAACAACUGAACCCAUAAAACCAGAGCAGGCAACUGAGUACUCAGCCAUGGCAUCAUUAGCUGGUGGAUUAGAUGAUAUGAAGGCCAAUAUAACAAGUCCUGCUUCUGCAGAUAUAGGAGCUAGUGUUCCAGGGCCUCAGUCAUAUCCUAUUGUAACAGGUCGUGAAUUGGCAAGCACAACGCUCCCAGGAUACCCUCCUCAUGUCCCCCCUGCUGGACAGGGCAGCUACUCCGCUCCAACACUGACAGGAAUGGUGCCUGGGAGUGAGUUUUCUGGGAGUCCAUACAGCCACCCACAAUAUUCAACAUACAAUGACUCCUGGAGAUUUCCCAAUCCUGGACUACUGGGCUCUCCUUAUUAUUACAGCGCUGCAGCUCGUGGAGCAGCCCCACCAGCAGCUGCUGCUGCUUAUGAUCGCCACUGACCCAAGGAUCCCAGAACUCGAGCACUUACUAAAACAUAUCAUCUUGGACAACAGCAUCUACAGUCAUCUACAUAAAACCAUGCAAGUCACACUGCAAGGGAAGAAGAAAGCGUUUAGUAGGAACAUGCUAAUUGAAAUUUAGCUCUUUAAAUUGGGUGAACUUAUUUUAUUCAAUUUUAUUUCAAAUCAGUAAAAGUCUGGUGAUUUUGACUGGGUCUCAAAUGAAACAAAGGAAAGGAGGAAUAGUUCUGCUGACAUUCCAUGUGAUCUUAUAAGUACAGUAGCUGCCUGUUCUUUAGAGCUUGAUGGCUACUGCUGCAGCUGUCUGCAAUUGUCACAGCUGCAUCUAGGGAAGGGGAACAGGUGUGAGCAGCCUUCCUUGAGAUAGCCUCCUUUUAAUGCACACAGAAACAGGCUGUGUGACUUAACAUGUUUUUUCUUUUAAGGAAGGAUCUGCCUGCUCAAUUGGACACAAGCACCAAUGUAAAUAACUUGCUUCUUUGUGUUACUGUGACAAUGGCUUAGCAUAAACAGUGACAUUGUAUGAAAUAUGAAGUCAAAACACAGCUGAUAGUGUGUUUUGAAACUGGUGCAUUGAUUCAAAGAAUUCAGCAAGCUUUAAGCAACUUUGAACCAGGUUAACACUCAUUGUGGCUGUAUUCAGGACUGAUGUUAUUUCUGUAUACAGCAUCCUAUCUGACAGUCGUGUAUGAUCAUGCUACAUGCUGGUAUCAAACACAUGGGCAACUAAAAGAUGUGGGCAGUCUUGUGACAUUUUACUGCUUAAUAUUCAUGUAUGUUCAUUUGUCAUCAUAACGAGCACUGAAACAAAUUCUCUGGUUUCAAGCUAAGCAACUUGCAAGAAAGAAUUGCUAAAUGGUAGUUGACACCUUAUGUACAUCUCGAUAGAUUAUGCGCUAAAAUCCAAAUAUGAACAUUUUGAGAGGAAGGAGGAAACAUACCAAGGUAACGAUUUUUUAAAAAAGGGGAUAUUGAACACUGAAGCAGCAUAUAUGCUUUAUAAAGGGGAUAUUGAACACUGGAGAAGUCACACAUGCUUUACAAAGCAAACUGAACAGGAAAGCACACAUUUUGUGAAGUCUGCACAUUUAAGGGAAAGCAUGUCUCCAGUUGCUCUAAUAACACUGGUGGGGGGACAAGGGAGCUAUUUUAAAUUCAAGCCAUUGCAGUCUAGACUUAUGUCAGGGAAAAUUUUGGCCCAUUAAUACUGUAUUUCUUCCCCUCUGGCUCAAAGAGGGAAUACUAACAGAACCAGGUGACAUUUCAUUCAAUGUUUUCUUCUUCCUGAGGCUAAUGAACAGAAGAGAGCAGCUUGCAAAUGAUCCAUUAAGCAACUCUACUAAUCACUGCCAUUUCCAAGAAAUCAAGAAAACUAUUGAUUUCUCCCUUCCCCCUCCCCUGCUCUGGUCAAAGGACAGCUACCUUUAGUCAUACAUUGAUAACAUAUAUGUGCCCAAGUGGGAUUCUGGAAAGUGCCCCCUCCUCCUGAAAGCAGUGCAAAAGCUCCUUGACCUGAUGAGCUGAAGAUUUGUCCAUAGCCUCUGACAGUGUGAAGAGGCCAGACCCAAUCAUUCUUACUCACACAGGUCAAUUUAGGCACUGCAAAGUGGUCUUGUUUGCAUCUGCCUGUGUGCUUCCCCAGGUUGAACAAGGGUUACUGGUGUUGACCCUGAAAUAUGUUUACUGUGAAUGAACAAUCAAGUAUAAAAUAUUUGUUUCCAGUUUUACAAGUAUGUCUCUGAAGUGGCAGCUCCAGCAUUAGUGUACCUCUUUCCCUUCACCUUCCCCCCAGCCUUGGGCCGCUUGUCUAGUAUCCUAAUCUUUUGAGUAGUGGCUGUCAACCCCUUCUGAAAUUUUCUGUGUGUUCUCCCAACUUCAAUGAUAUGCUUUAUGCAUUUUAAUAAUACUGAAAUACAGGCACCACUUUCAAGUUUCCAGGGCAGAUUUGUUCAGAUCCUAAAAAGCCAGGAAGGUACUUGAGCCUCAUUGGUCUAAAGAAAUUUCAGUGAGACAUGUCCACAAAAUCUAUUAGGGAUUUUGACCAGAGUUCUUUAAUUGUUCUUGGUGCAGAAUUAAGUUUUUUGUGAGCACGUGACAAACCUACCAGUCAGAACAGUCCUGCUUUCUGUCCAUAUUAAUAGUGCACACACACACACACACACACACACACAGACACACUUUUAGCUGAAGAAAAAUAACAGCAUGGACAACUCAUUUAUAUAAACAGCUUUCUGAAGCACUGUUUUGGUGUCAUCCUUCCAUGAGUCUUCACUGCACACUGCAUGGUUGUUUGCACUCUGGUGGUAAAGCUGCAGAGUUUUCUCUCUCCAGACAGAGAUAAUGUGGGAACUCUUCACAAGUUUCCCUGACAGAGGCAUGCAAGUUAGUUGCAGGGCCUCAGCCUUGAGCACACAUGCCCUUUUUGUUACCUCUGUGAAGUAAACAGGCUAUCCCACACCUUAGCUGAGGAGAAAAAAAGCAACAUUUGAUAAUAUAUUAUGAAGGUGUGGGUUUCUUCUCCCAAACAGAGGUGUGGCUAAACUAUACAACAUACAUGAAGGGACAGCACCUGACCAGGCUAGGGACUUUAAAUGAAUAUGUCUGUCUUUCCAUUAAGGGCACAGCAGCUCUUGUGAACUGCAUGCGGGUACUACCCAGCAAACACAUUUGUUUUAUUUAUUUUCCCAGUGACAUGGCUUGUAUGACAUAUACUGGUUUAGAUAACAUUAAGAAAAUUAAAUAUAAGGCUUCAACAGAUGUUAGUAUGCUCAUGACAGUGACUCUUGUAGUUAGGCUAGGGACUUACGAAAGAUAAACUCUAGCAUAGUAGGUACAGUUCAUACUAAGGAUGCAUGCAUGCCUCUGCCUAAAAUGCCCUGAGGUUCAGGCUGUACUGUGCUGUAUUUAACACAUAUGAUCCUUGCAUCUCUGAGGAUAUAUGCCAUGCCUAACAGCUGGCUGCUUCAUAGAAAGAUUGGCUGAAGAGACUUUUACCAAGUUCUUACCAGUCCUUAACCAUAGGCUGCUCUUGAAUGCACUAGUCAUAGUGAAGGUAACUGGAUGAAAUAGGAACUGUAAGCAAAAGACUAUUUGGGAUUACAAAGAGGAAAGAGGGCAAGAAUACAUGCUGGUAUUAUCUGCUGGGGCUGGCUUAGAUUUUGGCUGAAUGAUUUCCUAAGUCAUUCACACCGGGGUUUUGGGCACGGGAGGCAUACGAGUUUCAUUCCAGCAAGACUUUUGAUAGCACAGCGUAUUAUUACCAAACCCUGACAGAAAUCAGCCCCAUAAAGCACUUCUAGGUUGUACAACUGCUCCCGCUGACUGCAGAGCUAAGCAUGUCUCAGGUCCAAGUCCCCAGACUGAAAGCUUUGUUUGUUAGCUAUGAAAUCAGGAAAACACUCUAGGCUCCAGAAGCAUGGGGUCAGAGUGUUUUAUGUGAAAGUAAAGCGGUGUGGAAGUAAUGCUUUGAUCUAUGUUGGGACUGCAGAUUGUGGGGACAGAGUCUCAGUGUUUAAGCCACAGCAUUUCUGGAGGAGACAGCAGGGGAAGAAAUAACACUGGAAAAAAGAAAAACAGAGAAAGGAAAAAGAAACAAUCUGAAAAGUUGUUUGGGGAAGGAAGAUGGUCUGACAGGAGGGGUAGUUGGUGGAGUUCACAAGAGUAAAGCGCUGGGACAUUUAUUAUCUUUCCACUCACUGUCUGUAACUGAGUCCUCUAAAUGCUACUAAGUAUGGUGGACAUGUUAACACAGAGUGCAGAACAGAUGAGUUUUCUCAUGCACCCAGUAUUGGGAACCAUUUGCUAUUGAUAAGUGUUCUCCUAUACUCUUUCUUAAAUGAUGGCACUAUUCAGCUUGAGAUUUCUGAUCAUAUUCUUUUUUUUUUUAAUUUACCUAUUCUGCGAGUGCUUAAGCAUGGAGGAUAAAUGAAGCCAUGUUAUGAUGUCUCUUAUUUUCCAGGAUGAAUACCAACAGCUUGAAAGGGUUAUGGUAUGUAGCAGUGUUAACUGGUGUGACUGGCAACUGGAGCAGCCAUAAGGCUGUAAUCGUGUCCUUUAUGUUCUACUGCUUUCCAUAUGUAUGUGUCACUGGGAUAGUUGAGGUCAUGCUCCAUGGCAUUUAGUAUGGCGUUAAGCUGAUCCACUCUGUCCCAGAAAAUGUUGGGAAAACUUGUUUUUUCUUCCAGACUCAGACAAGAGAGCACUGGAUGAGCAAGAACACUUGAGUAAUUUACCCUACAGUCUUUCUGCAAGGUGAAAGACUACAGUCCUGCAUUGGCAUUAGCUGACAGUACCAGGUCAGGCUGCUUGGCGCUAACACAAGUGCUAUGCAUGCAUUCCAAGUGGGAGCCCCAGUUAACUGUGCAGUGAAGGCAACACUUGUGUGGGAGUGGGUGGUAGAGAAAGGCUAUACACACCAAUCAACUGACUACUAUUAAUUGCUGUAUCCAUCAUGCAGAAUUCCACAUUUAUUACAGAUACACUUUACAGAGGCAUGAGGCAAAAAAAAAAAAAAAAAAAAAAAAAAAAAAUCAAAAUGAUCAAAAGGAGCUAGCAUUGCUUUUCCGGUGAAGCUAGUAAGAUUUGGUACACAAACACUAAAAGAAAAACAGCCAAAGACGUACUUGGUUCCAGAAUUACUCACUUGAGAGUGUCACCUGGCUUAGCUGUCAGCUCUUGCUGUGAUCUCUGCUUAUUAGUCCUCUGAGAAGAUAAAUGUACUUAAAGAGCUUUAGAGUAAGAAUCAGACUGAAAAUAUUUUGCAAAACACCUUCUCAACAGCAUAGUGUGUGUCUCUGUGUGUGUGCGCGCGCACAUGCAAGUAGUGCUUUAUGUGCACAAGUGUGCAUAUUUGUAGGCAUGCUUGAACCUCCAAAACUCUGGGAUAAAUCUAAAGCUUGCUGAUAGCCUUUCCACUCACCUAGUGUCCAUCCUAUUAGAUUCAUACAUCUGGAUUUUUCUGCUCUGCCUUGUAAAAUGAAUGAAGAAAAUGACAGGCAUUUAGAUCUUUCUUUUGCUUCAUUCAGCCUCGUAUUGGAAGAAAUGUAGUCCUGGUUUUUCACUUUCUAGUGGCCUUCAUACAUUCUGAAAUUACAAAAACUCAUUUCAUUGCAAACGGAAUUCCUUUCCAAGAAAAGAAAAAGAUCUUUUUUCCUUAGAGACAAACUGCUUUGUACUAGGGCCUUCUAGCAUCAAAGAAAAGCAUAUCUGUUUUAUCCACCAAAGUCUGCAAUGGCUGCAUUGAAGCUUGCUUCUUAAAAAAGAGAGGAAAGAAUAAAAAGCUCCCCCCCCAUAUAUAAACAAAAAAACUUUAAAAAAAAGUUGAAUUGCCUUUGAAAGUAGGGGAUAAGUCUGUCUCUGAACAGAUAAAAAAAUGCUUCUUAUAUUGUGUAUGUUUUGUAUUCUUUUUUUCUAGUAGGAAAAGAACAAACUUGAAAUCUUGGUGUUUUUUCCUUAGUGCUGUGUGUUGCUUUUGUGUGUUAUAAUAUUUGAAUGUAAUUACAGCAGUGCCAAUUUGCCAAAGAUGUCGAUCAUAUUUUUUGGUUUGUUUUUGUUUUGGGCUUUAUUUUGAGGAGCAAAAGGGACGGGGGUUGGGGAGUGGGACCACCGAGGUAGGGGUCAAAAGGGAUGGGCCUUUUGGAGUUUUUUUUUUAAUUUGUUUGAUCUUUUUCAAUUCUUUUUCUUGUCAAUACUGAAAUUUGUGAUUUUACUCUAAGUUAAAUGGUUGACUGCAACACUUUUCAUUUUUAGAUUAGUUGAAGAAACAUGCAAUAAGAUUGGCGUAGUUCAAUAUCUGUGUGUCUUUUCAUGAGAGUGACUGUUACUUGUGGACAUUUGAUUUUAUGUAACCUUUAUGUGAGAUAAUUAUUUGUAAAUAUUUACCAUAAUUUUAUUGGUUCCUAAAAUAAAAGUAAUUUUUUUAAGUUCAAAAA